AUGUAUGAAGAUUAUGAUUUUUCUAAAGAUGAAAAGUGGAAUUUCUAUAUUAAAUCAGCUGAUAAUUCUAUGUAGCAUAAUUAAGAAUAUUUAGAUCCAAGGAAAGAAUGGAAUAUUUAAAAUAGAUUUGGUAUAAGGAAAAUGUGAAUAAAAAACAUUAAAUUGAUAAUAAUAAAAUAUCAAAUGUUAAAGAGGAAUCUAAAUUGCCAUAUUACACUUAUAGCACUGAGAAUAUAUUUAAAAUGUCAUUUAUGCUUUUACUAUUUAUGUAGGGUGUAGCUUAGAUAUUUGGAUAUUUAUUUAACUUUUUAGCCUUAUAAAGACAAAUAAGAAAUACAUAAGUAUAAUAGAAAAAAUAAUAUGUAAAACUUUUGAUAAAUAAUGAAUUCUUUCAUAAUUUAGUGUUUUUAUUUCUAUUCCAUUUUUUUGAGAGAAUGCACAAUAUUUUAAUAUAUAGUCCAAUUCUCAUGCACUCCUGGGUUGGAAUAUCAGAAUUCCUAUUUCUUCAUCAUAAAUCAAUAUAUGAAAGUAGCAAAUUUGUGUGAUAAUUAGUAUAGGAAUGUAAAGGUAUAUUGAUAAAACUAAGUAAAAUAAGGAACUUAUUAUGAUACAAAAAUAGAAAAUGGAAAUUAUGUUAUUUCCUGUCCUUUUAUUUGCAAGACUCUUCUUUGACAUAGGUAAUUGGAUAAUAGUAAUUUUAUAUCUUGUUUUUCUAAAAUUGAAAUACCAUAAAAAUAAUAGAUCUAAAGUAGCUUGGAUUUAAAUUGAUUAUUUUAUUGAAUCUAAUUUACCAAUCUUUAUUGUGUCUUCCUAUAGAGAACUCAGAUAAAUUGCUGUAAAUUUCUUUGUGGAGUGA